AUGUUCUUAGAGAAAUUUGGCCUGACAUUGGCCGUUUUGUCCCUUUAUGGACUUGGUCAUGCUGAAAGCGAUAUUACCUCCGAUACUUACUUCUAUGGAGAUUCCCCAGCUGUAUACCCGUCGCCAAAUGGCACUGGAACUGGUGAUUGGGCUGCAGCCUAUAAGAAGGCCACAGCUUUGGUUGCGCAGAUGACAUUGGAGGAGAAGAAUAACCUCACUUUUGGAAUUGAUUCUACGAGCACGAGCUGUGUUGGAGUCAUUGGAGCUAUUGAACGUCUUGGAUUCCCAGGCAUGUGCCUUCAGGAUGCGGGCAAUGGAGUUCGCAUGGCGGAUUUCGUGAACAGCUACCCGAGUGGCAUUCAUGUUGGUGCUAGCUGGAAUAAGUCCCUUGCUCACGACCGCGGGUGGCAUAUGGCGGGCGAGUUCCGGACAAAGGGUGUCAAUGUUGCUUUGGGUCCUGUUGUUGCGCCGAUGGGAAGAACCACCACGGAUGGAAGAAACUGGGAAGGUGUUGCUAGCGACCCAUACCUGAGUGGUGCACUUGCGGCACAGACCGUCGAGGGCAUGCAAGGCCAAGGUGUGAUCACGAGUGUCAAGCACUUUAUCGGCUACGAACAAGAAUUAUACCGGAACCCUACAGCCAACUCUGAUAACCAGACUGUAGAGUCCGUCUCCAGCAACAUCGACGAUAAGACAAUGCACGAAGCAUACCUAUGGCCAUUCCAAGAUGCAUUGAAAGCAGGUGCUGGAAACAUCAUGUGUUCAUACAACCGUAUCAAUAACUCAUACGCCUGCCAGAACAGCAAAACACUCAACGGUCUACUCAAGACAGAACUCGGCUUCAAUGGCUUUGUCGUGACAGAUUGGUAUGGUCAGCACUCUGGUGUGGGCGCUGCACUAGCUGGUCUUGACAUGGCCAUGCCCACUGGUGAGACCUACUGGGGUACGGACUUCACUAAAGCCAUCACAAAUGGUAGUGUUCCGCUCUCUCGCCUGGAUGAUAUGGCAACAAGAAUUAUCGCAACAUGGUACCAGAUGGGUCAGGACUCGUCGACCUACCCUUCGCUAGGAGUUGGAAUGCCUUACAACAUCAGUGGACCCCAUAAGAUUGUCAGUGCCCUCACUAAAGAGGCCAAGCCUACACUUUUCGAAGGCGCCGUGGAAGGCCAUGUCCUCGUGAAGAACGUCAACAAUUCGCUGCCUUUGAAGUCGCCAAAACUGCUGUCUGUUUUUGGAUGGGAUGCUACCGCUCCCUCUCAGUACAUGCCCAGCAAUGUCCUCGCAACGGAUGCCUGGGAAGAUGGCUAUGAGCCAGUCCUGUCCUGGCUUAGUGCAAUGUCUGAGACCUCCGACAUCACCAAUGAGCCGUAUGAUUUCCAGGUUGCUUUCAACGGCACUCUGAGCGUCGGAGGUGGUUCCGGUGCCAACGCGGGUCCAUACCUUAGUGCACCUCUGGACGCCCUCCAGCAGCGCGCAUACGAGGAUAACACCGUUGUCAUGUGGGAUACCGGUGCCAACCCGGAUCUACUAGGUGUAAUGGAAGCAUCAGAUGCCUGCCUUGUGUUUAUCAACGCCUUUGCUACCGAGGGACUCGAUCGCUCCGGAACAUACGAUAGCUACUCCGAUGCCCUCGUGGCCAAGGUUGCAAAGACCUGCCCCAACACAAUCGUCGUCAUCCACAAUGCCGGAACCCGUAUGGUGGAAUCAUUCGCCGAGAACCCCAAUGUCACUGCAAUUGUCUUCGCUCAUCUCCCCGGCCAGGAUUCCGGUCGUGCUAUCGCUUCCCUGCUCUACGGAGAUGACAACUUCAGUGGAAAGCUCCCGUACACAGUUGGCAAGAAUGAAUCCGACUACCCGGCCUACUGGCACGACUACGCAGUCAAGCCCUUCGAGCUGUUCCCGCAGUCCAACUUUACCGAGGGUGUGCUUACAGACUAUAAGUGGUUUGAUGCAAAGGGUAUCACGCCACGCUAUGAAUUCGGCUUCGGUCUUUCAUACACCACAUUCGCAUUCUCGGGGCUUAAGGUUUCCUCUGUGGAGGAUGGUAUCGCUGCCUAUCCCAGUGGUGUCAUCGAGCAGGGUGGCCAGGUCGAUCUAUGGGAUAGUAUCGUCAAGGUUACUGCGACGGUCAAGAACACUGGAAGCAAAUCUGGUGCAGAGGUUGCCCAGCUCUACGUAGGUAUCCCCGGUGGUCCUGUUCGACAACUUCGUGGAUUCGACAAGGUUAAGAUUGCGGCUGGCAAGUCUGCUGAGGUAUCCUUCUCACUGACCCGUCGUGAUCUCAGUACUUGGGAUGUUACAGCGCAGAAGUGGCACCUCCAAAGUGGAGAGUAUAAGAUUUAUGUUGGUUCCUCGAGUCGGGAUCUACCUCUCACUACGACUCUGAAGGUUACCACCGACUAG